AAACCCGGAUGCUGAGCCAUGACUGCUGCUGCUGAGCUGUGGGUAGUGGAAGGCAGUGGUAACGUUUCAGUACCCUUGAAGCGGACAGCUCUACCCGGAUCCACGCGCUUCUGAGCACCGGGCUCCGCACAAUCCGAGCCCCGAAAAGGGCAGUAUCAUCCAGUUCAUACCCGAGACAGGGGGAGGGUGUAGCGGCCACAUUAAAAGGCUUUAACAGCUCCCUGUUCCGGCAAAAAUCGUGACCACUUCCUAAAGCGAGAGUGUAAAGGGUGAGUAAGGAAUAGAAAGAGGGAGCACGGAUAUAGAUAAAAAAGAAAGAAAGAGAGAAAGAGAUGGCGGAGUGCGGACGGAAGGCGCUGUCUCUCCUGGAGGCGGCCCGCUCCCGGUACGAGAGCCUGCAGAUAUCCGACGACGUGUUCGGCGAGUCCGGGGAUGACAGCAGUGACAACCCCUUCUACAGCACCUCCGGAGACUCCGACUCCGACAACUACAUCGCCGAAGUGGGCGAGGAGGAGCAGCACCACCACAAGAAGCGGGACAGCGGGCACGGAGUAGGAGGAGGAGGCAGCGGGAGCUGCGGAGCCGGUCCACCGGGCUCUCUGUCCCGCAGUCAGGCGGUGGAGGACGGCUGGACGGAGGCUCUGCAGGACUUCACGGUGCCACCGUACAAAGACACAUAUGGCCCUGCUCAGAAGAUGCCAGCCACCGCCACAGCCCUCGACUUUUUCCAGCUCUUUGUCCCGGACAACUGCAUCCAAAACAUGGUCACCCAGACGAACAUGUACGCCAAGAAGUUCCAGGAGCGCUUCGGCUCCGACGAAGGCUGGUGCCCCGUCACCGCCCAGGAGAUGAAGGCCUUCCUGGGCUUUGUCACCUCCACCAGUGUGCACCGCUGCGAGUCGGUGCUCAGCAUUUGGAGCUCGGGCUUCUUCAGCAACCGGACCAUCGCCUUGAAGAUGAGCCAGGCGCGCUUCGAGAAGAUCCUCAAGUAUUUCCACAUCGUUGCUUUCCGGCCAUCACAAGGGAGCAACCAGGGUCUGUACAAGAUCCAGCCUUUCCUGGACUCACUGCAACAGUCGUUCGGCUGCACAUUCAGACCUUCACAGACACAGGUUCUCCAUGAACCCUUGAUAGAUGAGGAUCCAGUGUUCAUUACCACCUGCACGGAACGAGAGCUGAGGAAGAGGAAGAAGAGGAAGUUCAGCCUCUGGGUUCGACAGUGCACCUCCACCGGAUUCAUCUGUCAGAUCUCUGUCCAUCUUAAGGAGGGCCAAGGUACGGAUGGUCUCGCCACCUUGAAGAACAAGCCUCAGCUCCACAGCCUCGUGGCCAAGCAGCUCUGCCAGAACAUCUCCGGGAAAAACACCAUCAUCUUCACUGGGCCAUCCAUCACAAGCCUCAGCCUUUUCACCGAAUUCAGCAAACAAGACAUCUACUGCUGUGGUCUGCUGAGCACCAGGAAGAGCGACUGUACAGGAUUACCACAGGACAUGCUGGUCUGCAGCUCCACGCCGGCACAGCGCGGCCAAUCAAGGGUGAUGAUGAAAGGCAGCAUGUCACUGAUCAGCUGGUACAACAAGGGACACUUCAGGUUCCUCACCAAUGCGUAUCCCCCAACUAAACAAGGUUUGAUCAUUAAGAGGAAAAGUGGGGAGAUUCCGUGUCCUCUGGCAGUCGAGGCUUUUGCAGCUCACCUCAGCUACAUCUGCAAAUACGACGACAAGUACAGCAAGUACUUUAUCUUCCAUAAGCCCAACAAGACUUGGCAGCAGGUGUUCUGGCUGAGCAUCAGCAUCGCCAUCAACAACGCGUACAUCCUCUACAAGAUGUCCGACGCGUACGCUGUCAAACGCUACAGCCGGGCGCAGUUUGGAGAGAGACUGGUCAGGGAGCUGCUGGAUCUGGACGACUGCUCACCCACACAGUGAGGACGAGGAGGACAAGGGGGACACACAUACUCACUCAGAACCACACAAACACACAUAUUUACACCCGUCAUUGCGUUUGCAUAGACUCUGCGUUUCUGUGUUAAUGCGAUAAUACUGAAGCGGUGCCAAGCCUACGUCUCUCUUCCUCUAGUUAUCUAUGGUACUGCACCACGUCCAUGAAACACAGCUACACAUGCUACACAUCAGAGAAACAUGAGCCAUGAGACAAUCCAUCUUCUGACCACACGGAUAAUCCACUAAGGAUUUGUCAGCGGGAGCGAUUCCACGGGCAGAUGAAGGGCGGGAACGAACGAAUUCACCAUUUAAUGAUGUCAGCCUCGAGUUUCUUCUCUUUUCAAAGUGUGAAAUAAUCGAUGUGGACCUUGAAAUCUCCCCGCGCGACUCUUCACAUUUACACUCACGCGGCUCUGUAAGAAAAGCUUCGUAAAAGAAAAAAAAAAAAGCAGAACUAUGGUGUGAUCACGCGCUGCAUGCAUAAAGAAUCUGGAUUGUGAUGUUCUCUUUGUCCAGUGUGAUAAUGAACUCUGCUCCAGGUGGGUUUUGUUUGUUUGUUUGUUUGUUUUUGUUGGUGUGUAUUUAUUUAGCAAGCGGAACUGCCAUUUGUGUGCGCGCCGUUGAGCCUGAGGAUGUAAAUGUGUGGCUGUUUCCUAUCUAAACGUGGUGUUGCUGCUGUACUUUUAUUUAUUAAGAAAAUGCAUCUUCACACUGAGAGAAGAAGAAAAAACGUAACCUGAAACCCACUUUUGUACCUACAGCACUUGUCGAACUUGUCACAUUUUCCUGUUUAGCUGUUUAUGCAAGCUGACAAGCUUUGGCUCCACAGGUCAGAACAUAUUCAAAUGUCCUUCACUGACUGUUCAGUAAGUCCGUGUUGCUAGGCAACAGUGGGCAGGGGUUUGGGUUAAUGUUGCUUGGUGAGAUUGAGAUCCAAGAGGUAAAAAAAAAAAAAGUGAGUGAUUCACUGCAGGUAGUUGACCCAAAACAACAGAUGUUAACGUAAAAUUAAGAGAAGAGACUUCAGGGGCUUUUUACUGUUGUGCAGUGAUAAUAAUUUGGUGAUUAUAAGAACAUGUGCAAGUAACAACACUUAGUGCACUCUACCCACUCGAGAAAUUGAAGUAUUUUGGACAAUUUUAACCAAAUGUUCCCGUCUUCCUGUGGCACAUCUCUUGCCAAGUAACAAAUUAGUCCUGCUGAGUGAGAAACAAGCUCUCGUUCCAGACAGAGUAUCCACUCAUAGUCGUCGGACAGCUCUGCUAUGUGUAGAUUUAAUGAGGCUUUUCGUCCAUUUACUUGCUUUGCUCAUGCCAUGCAGUCAUGAAGAUGAAAGGUAUCGAUUGUCGUGUGCUCACUCCAUCGGCUGCGGUCGGACGUGUGAAUUUGUAUUAUGGUACGAAUAUGGGGGGGGGCUUUAACGGGACUCGUGUUGCACUUUCUCGCGUCACCGUCUCACACUCUUGAGGAGAUUUGUGAGGCUAGCGGCGCGUCUUCUUAGAUUAUCCGUUUAUUUUUUAUUCUCUAGUCCAAUAAUAGUGUACACUUUUCUCAGACAAAUAGAGAUAUAGCUAUAUGUAGAUGGGUUUAAAUGGAUUAUGUAGAUAUAUGUAAGAUUUCACCAAUGAAAUAAGACUGAACAUAAAAUGACUGUAACCAAACCAGAACAGAUUUCCAAUGUAGAUGUAGAGAAUAAGGAUAGAAUAAGGAUCGAGUAUGUCUGUGUAUAUUUUGUUUACAAACUGUCCAUCAUCACUUUGUCGAGAUUGUGUUGUUGUUGUUGUUUUUUUACUUUUUCACUCAUCCAAGGCAUUGUUGUCGUCACUGAUCGUCUUGUGCAUGUGCGUAUGUGUGUGUACUUGUAUAUACGUCUUUAUGAGGACAUUUUGGGCUGGUCCUCAUGUUCUGUCGCACCUUAAAAUGGCUGAUUAGGGUUCACACCUGGUUUUAGGAUUCGGGUUUUGUUAAAUUGUAGGGAAUGGGGCAGGGAAUGUAUUAUGUCUAUGAGUGUCCUCACUAAGAAUGUUGUGCAAGAAUUUAUGUGUGUGUGCAUGUGUAUACCUGGUAUUCCUUAUGUUGUGGGGACCUAAAUCUGUUUACACAAUAUCACAUUGUAGGGAUUUGUCUUCCUUAACUUAAGUUACUACAUUUUAAGGUGACGACGUGUUUUAAAGUUGGACUGAAGUUAAAGUUGGGGUCAGGGUUAGGAUUAGGACUAAUUAUGGUUAAGGUUACAGUAAGUCUCCGGGGAAUGAAGUUAAGUCAAUGCAAUGUCCUCUGAAGUCACGGAAACCAGUUUGUGUGUGUAUUUGUAUUUAUAUCUUUGUGAGGUUCAAAAAAAUUUCUGGGCCCCAGAAUCUUAAAGUGCUUUUUCAGGGUUAAGACCUGGUUAAGGGUUAGGUACUUAAUUGUGAGCUUAAGGUUAGGGUAAGGGGCUAGGGAAUGCAUUAAGGUGUCCUCACUAAGAUGUAAAAACAAGUUUGUGUGUGUGUCAGUUGUUCACAAGAGUCACCUUUGUCAUAUAUUUGUAAUUUAAUCACUUUAAUACAUUUGAUGUGGAUAAGUCACUCACACUGGGGUCACACUGUUAACUUGAAACACACCUUACCCUUUAUUAUAAUUAACAACAUUGACACUUAAAAAAAUAAAUAAAAAAAAAUCACAUAAAAAUUCUUUGUAAAUGAAAUGCCAAGAUUUUAUUUAAAAAGCUGAACAGAGUUUAAAUUAUUCAUGAGAAAACAAACUCUCUGCUUCCAUCCCAUUGUUUUCAUUCUUCUGAGGUUUUCACUGAUGCUCUUUUAAUUAGGCCAACUUUUGUUUUUCACCAAUGGCUUAAUGGCACUUGAAAGGAUCAAUGUUGUUGUUGAUCUAAAUGCUCUCAAACCACAGUCAUCGCACACAGUUCUUUUUGAUGUUUAAAUGUUAAUUUAUAUUUGAUUUGUUAUUGAGAGUGUUCCUUUAAUACAUGAAGCUGAAUAGUUGUCCUUUGCUGCCCUCUCUGGCUGAAAGUUUUUUGCACUUCUGAUAUUGGGUGUGGUUUUUAAAAAGCCACACCCACUAAUGAUGUCACCAUGUCACCAUGUCUUGUACAAACACAAGUUUGCAGGGCCGUUAUUUCUGCAUUCUAAUGCAACACAUACAAGUAUCUUCUAUAAUAUCUAUAAUAGCACCUAUACCAGAUAUGAUACUAACACAGCAGCCAUGUUUGUUUACCUUUAGGCUUAAAAACCUACUUUUAAUACGUAUAUGGUUCAUCUAUUGUCCAGGUUUCAAUGGAAUAAUAGAUUCUGAUUUUUUAUUUAAUCUCAGAUUUCUGACUUUUUAUUUAAUUAUUCUCAUAGUUUUCAAGAAUUGUGACUUUAAUCUCAUAGUUUUGACUUUUUAUUUCAUCUCAGAAUUCUGACUUUGUUAAUAAUCUCAGAAUUCUGACUUUAACCUCAUAGUUUUGACUUUUUAUUUAAUCUCAGAAUUCUGAUUUUGUUAAUAAUCUCAGAAUUCAUGCUGUUUUAUUCAUUUAUUUUUGUAAAUGUGGCCAUAAUACUCUUCCGUAAAUUGCUCUGUAGAAUCAGAAUUAAUUAUUUUUGUACAACCUAAUCCCUUGACUCGUCCCAGGAUUUGAACAUUUGGCAUGUGACCCUCCACUAACAAGUCCAAUUUCCUCCCCUGUCAUAAAUACGACUGCUACCCAUCAUGUGACUUAUAAAUGUUGAGUUGUAAUCAGCUGCUGAACAGACAUUUAAGAGAAAUAUCUGGAUAAAUGUAGAACAACAUACGGGACUCUGCAGUGACCUUUAAUGUUCCUGACGUUAGUUUUGCCAUUUCAUCGCACCAGUUUUCCACUCCUGACAUUUACACAGUGAGAAAAUCCAUCAUGUUAAAGGCAGAGAAACCAGUUUCUGUCCUGAGAUGAGCAUCAGAAGGCCUUAAACGCCUGAUGUGUGGCUGCAAGGCAUGUAGUCAUGUGUAAGCUCUUCAAAGCAAAACAGCAGCCAUGCAGACUGAAUGCAUGAUGAGUCGUGAAGCAUGUGGAAUUAUUGGAAUUAUCUAAACCAAGCAGGUGUCGCAACAACCUUAAAAGGAAUUCUUAGGAUGCCUGUGUGUGUGUGUGUGUGGGGGUCCUCUUCUAACUCUCAUCUCUGACCAAAAAUGAAGAAAUUAUGGAAAUCAUGCAGCAGAGAAUCUGCAAGGCCACGGUUACAUAGCAACAAAUUACAUAUGGUUGGAAAGAAAGAGACAGAAUAUUCACAGUUUAUCAGUUUUUUGGAUAAUUUUGUUAUAGCCCCAGUCACAGAAAGAACGGAGCUUCACUUUCAUCAUCUAUCAUCCUGCUCUCAUACAUUUAACUUAUAUAGAGUAGUUAUAUAAUGUAUAUUUUAACACAUAUAAUUUAAAAAAAGGUGGUUUAGUUUAAAAUUCAGAGUAUAACAGUUAUUCUGUCCAGGUGACUGUCAAAAAUCGAAUAUACACAGUGCCUCUUUCUGUUCCUUAAGUGGAGUUGAUAUGACGGAUUCAAUUUGAAAAACAUAAUAAAUAUAAUAUCCUGCUCUGUGGGCUGAAAAUAACAGCAACUAGAUAAAUAUAGCAUUAUAUAAAGACCUUUAUUUAUACAUUAAAUAUUUUGUGGCAUUUUGCACUUUUUACACCACCUGCUGCGAUGCUUCACGGAAUAUUUCACACUUGUUGUUCGCUAAGAAUCAGCAGUCUGUCUGUCUGUCUGUCCACUUAUUUGUUCAUAAAAUGUUGUUUUUAAACGUGUUAUGUUUGUUUUGUUGCUGUGGGCAAAGUACUGGCCCACAAAAAUCAGCAAGUUUAACAUCCAAAUAUCAAAUUUAGGCUGAUAGAAAAUGAAGGAAAAAUACUGUAUCUACUUUGAUGAGUCACACUACAACAGUGUCUGGGUUUUUCUUAUAUCUGGCCUCUUUGUACAAACAGCAGCGAUGACUCACGCCUUUCAUUUAAGUCCAUUCAUGAGUAAACAAAGACAGGUGAGAGAAGAAAAAUAAAAAAAAGGAGCCAGAUUCUGUGAUUUAUCUGUCGAAUCGUUCACUUAAAAUCAUCCAACGAAUCAAACCCCACUGUCUCUCAUCACGUGCCGAUGAAUUUGUGUAUAGGAUGAUGUUUGAUGUAUGUAUUUCGGUGUGUAACGUGUGUGUGUGUGUGCCAGCGUGCCGUCUACAGUGUGAACACCGGCGUCAUUGUGACCCAGACGGACGUCAUACAGUAAAUGAUGUGGAACUCAUGUGGCUGACUGACCUCAGGGCUUCAUAACUAACUGCUGUACUAUAAUCUCCACUAACUGAACUAAUCUGCACCACGCUGAAUGGACACUGUAACCUUACCAGGUGCUACUAUUAAACCACUGUACAAGUAAUAACACAAAUAAUUAGAUGUUGUGGUUUCGAGAGGAUCGGACGCAGAGGUGACGGCGAUGACAUGAUUGUUGCAGUUGUUGUAGAUUUCUAGAUUAAAAAAAAUGUCAAACAAAUAUGGAAAAAGCUUAAUGUCAAACUGUUUGUAACGGUGGACGAUGUCAAGGGUCACAUGCAGGAGGCUCAGAAUGGUGUGUGUGUGUGUAUGUUUGUACAGGUAUGUGCAUGUCAUGUUGUAAAAUAACUGGUGUAUGCAGGACCAAAUCACUUUCUAAACAUGUGCGUGGUGGUGAUGAUGAGCUGUCGUGUAAAUGUGUCUACAUUAAAAAAAGUUCUCGGCGUGUGGGUGCUCCACUGAA